AUGACAGCCGUAAAUGAUUCUGAGAAGGACAUUAAUAGAAGUCAAAGUUUUAUUUCGACUAGUGACGUUAUAAGCAGAAAAAGUGAAUUAAAAGGUGAAGAAUAUUGCACUAGUCCCGAAGAUGCUUUGGAAAAAGCAGUGUUACAACUUGGUCCAUUCGGGUUUUAUCAACGCUAUGUUUUAUUAUUGCUAUGCAUUCCAAAUAUGUUGUCAGCAAUGUAUUCUCUCAAUUAUGUCUUUGUCGCAGAUCAAGUUGCUUUUAGGUGUUUAGUGAAAGAAUGUGAAGGACAAAGUGGUUAUUUUGCGAACAAAACAAUACAAGAUCUAUUACCAACUCCAAACGAAACCUGCCACCGCUACCAGCCGGUACAGGCCGAACAAAUUAGCUGUGACAUAAAAGACUAUUAUUUAAACAGAACGAUAAAAUGUAAUGACUUUGUAUAUGAAGAAAUGAAUUCUAUUUACGCUGAGUUUUCCAUGGCUUGCAAAGAAUGGCAGCGAACCCUCGUUGGCACUAUCCGAAACAGUGCUCUACCUCUAGCUCUUGUCCUCACUGGAUAUAUUUCCGAUAGAUAUGGACGUCGCACAGCCUUUUGUAUUUUUGCUGCAUGUGCUGGUGUAAUGGGUAUUCUAAAAUCUUUCAUGCCAAAUUAUGCGGCCUAUCUUACAAUGGAGUUUUUAGAAGCUGCUCUAGGUUACGGUUUCAAUAGUGCCGUCUAUGUCAUGAUUGUUGAGUUAGCUCGUCCCUCAUUACGAGUUGCAUUUGCCUGUGUGACCGGUAUAGGAUACGGACUGGGUGGCAUGCUAUUCGCACUGAUUGCUAGUCAAGUCCCUUAUUGGCGAAACCUACUAAGAGCUAUACACACACCAGCUUUAUUUCUGCCCCUAUAUUGGUUUAUUCUAGACGAGAGCCCUAGAUGGCUGCAUGCAACCAACAAGAAGGAUCGAAGUAUCAGGGUUAUAAAAAAAGCUGCAAGAUGGAAUAAGGUUGUGUUAGAUGAAGAUCUUAUAAAUAGUAUAAAAGGCGAAACAGGAGCUGAUGAAGUAAAAAAUAAAAACAAUCCAUGGUUGAAUUUAUUAAAAUCUAAAAUACUUAUGCUCCGGUUUUGCAUUUGUUGCUGGUGUUGGAUAUCGGUCACCUUUGUUUAUUAUGGACUAACAAUUAAUUCGGUAUCCAUGUCCGGUGACAAAUAUGUGAACUUCGCCCUUAGCAUGUUUAUGGAGAUCGUGGCGUCUUUGUUAAUCAUGAUGGCGUUGGAACGCUUCGGUCGUAAACAGAGCAUAUUCGUUGCCUUCUUGGUUUGCGGAAUCGCUUGUGUUACGCCUUUCUUUAUAUCACAUUCCAAUACUAAAACAGCUUUAUUCUUUGUCGGGAAAUUAUCAAUCACAUUUGCCUUCAAUUCGCUGUACGUUUUCACGGCUGAGUUAUUUCCAACUGAGGUACGAUCUUCGGCAAUGGCGGCUGUGUCGCUUAUUGGGCGUAUAGGAUCUCUUCUGGCCCCACAGACUCCACUUUUGGCACUACUAUAUGGCAUCAGCUCAAUCUCAGCAGCUCUAUUAGUGUUAUUCGCGCCUGAAACACGUCGUGCGGCACUUCCGCAGCAUGUGGAGCAUGCGGAGAAAAUGCAUGCGCUUGCGCAUCCACCUGCUAGGUCGUUGGGCAUACGAGGGAGCUUCAACGAUCCCAGCCGUUAUAGCUUACCAACUACUUCGCAGCUUUGA